AUGGCGACACCGCCAACGUUAUCGACACCCCGUCUUAGCUACCCAUGGACAUUCUCAUUAGCCAAGGUUCUUGAGAAUAGCGUCGGCCCGCUCCCGUGCCCUGUAGCGACCCAAGGGGCUGAGCUUGUUCCGCCACCCGAAACUCCAGCCCUGCGAUACCCUCCCCCGGAUCCCGCCUUCGUCGAAACCCUCACCGAGCGACUCGAAAAACUCGCCUGGCGACAAAGAAUACGCAUCAACGUGUAUGGUGUAGACUUUGCAGAGGAAUGGCCCAUCUCAAGGACACCCCGGCUCCUAGCAGAGGAGGCCGCGGCUCGACGGAUUGCAUUCUUGGAAAAGGAUCUGCAUCUCGACUCGAGCUCCACUUCCGAGUCUGAAGGUGAGAAUGAGAGGAGGAUACUGCGAUUGAAGAAGAUGUUGCGGCGAUCCCGGAAACAAACCCGACCACGUGGUGCUCAACUCCCUUCGCCCCAGUCGACGACGGAAGAAGAGGCAGGAGAGCAAACCCCCGCGGCGAAGCCGUGUCUGAAGCGCAAACGGUCUAAAGUACUGUUCGAGCCGACGAAGAUGGCAAAGACGUCGAAGGAACUGGCUGUUUCCAGGAUCAAUCUGCCAUCGACGGCGAACGGGGGGGAGGCUCCGAUGUCGUAG